AUGUCCCGCUUCCUCCACGUCCUGUGCAGCCUGCCCCUCCGGUUCCUCGGCGAGUUCAUGUCCAUGCCCGAGGCGCGCCAGCGCGGCUUCCUCCAGACGAGCUACUGGGCCCUCGCCCGCGUCAAGGCCUCGCACACGCCCCUCUUCCUCUCGGGCGAGAUGAGCGCCUGGUCCAGCGAGCCCGCGGACGGCGGCGGCCUGCGGCGGCGCUGGGACCACGAGAAGCACACCCGCCUGUUCCCGGAGCUCUCGGUGCGCGCGGCGGCCAUGGCGUGCGUCUGCAACGUCUACGAGUGCCAGGUACACCCGGCCAUGGGGUCCCGGGUCCGGGCCGACGUCGAGAACGGCGGCUGGCGGUGGCGGUGGGACGACAGGGGCGUCACACCCGCGGUCUGGGAGCGCAUCCGCGCUGAGGUGGCGUACAAGGGCGUCAACGUCAGCGGCGUCUUGGGCAUGAGCCCGGAGAACUGGGCGGCGGCGUGGAGGUCGGACCGCGAGUUCGAGAGGCAGCUGUGGACGGGGCCGAUGGCGGAGCAAGAGCGGUGGGAGGGCUACGGACACGCCGGGCGGUUGGAUCCGAACGAGUGCUACUGCCAGCUGGGGAGCAACUGCGCUUUGUGUCUCCCGCUACCGUACGCGGAGGUUCCCGACUGGGAGCUCUUGACAAAAGAGGAGCUGAAGGAGGAGAUUGAGGAGAUCAAGUACUUCGAAUCCCCGUGCCUGGAAAGCAGGCAUCCUGAGCUGGCCCGUUCCAUCAAGGAGUACAAACAAACUCACAAGGCUAUUUUGUAUUGA